GGGAGGGAGGGAGGAGGAGGAGGAGGCGGCGGCGGGCAGGGAGCUCUCUGCGGGCGCAGUGCUGAUCCGCCGGCGGGCGGCCGGGAAUGCGAAGCGAUGGCCGCGGGCGGCUCGGGCAGCGGCGGCGGCGGCAGCGCGGAGGAGAAGACCUACCGCCGCUUCCUCGAGCUGUUCCUGGGCGAGUUCCGCGGGCCCUUCGGGGCAGAGCCGGAGCCCGAGCCCGAGCCGGAGCCCGAACCGGAGCCGGAGCCGGAGGCGGCUGCCCCCCCUCCUGCUGCCGAAGCAGCGGGCGACGCUGACGAGGAGCCCGGGGCAGAGGGAGAAGCGGGAGCGGCCGCCGAGGCGGAGGAGGGAGAAGGAGGCGAGGGCGAUGCCGGCGACCCUCAGCCGCCCGCCCCGCCGCCGCCGCCCCCGCCGCUGCCCUCGCUGCCCCGGCCGCUCUCGGAGUACAUCACGGAGGAGGAGGUGGAGGGCGAGUGCCUGGACCUCUGCCUGCAGCAGCUCUACAAGUAUAACUGCCCUUCAUUCCUGGCCUCUGCUUUAGCCAGAGCAACUUCAGAUGAAGUCCUGCAGAGCGACCUCUCGGCACAUUUCCUGCCCAAGCACGUGGACAACGCCGACGGCAUCAUCCAGAUCGAGACCGUGAAGUUGGCCCGUUUAGUUUACAGCAAACUGCACGAGAUCUGCAGCAACUGGGUGAAAGAUUUCCCCCUGCAGCCCAAGCCCCACCGCUACUACGAGACCUCCAUCCACGCCAUCAAGAACAUGCGCAGGAAGAUGGAGGACAAGCACGUCUGCAUCCCUGACUUCAACAUGCUCUUCAACCUCGAGGACCAAGAAGAACAAGCUUAUUUUGCAGUGUUUGAUGGUCAUGGAGGAGUGGAUGCUGCCAUCUAUGCCUCCAUCCACCUGCACGUGAACAUGGUCCACCAGGAGAUGUUCCAGCACGACCCGGCCGAGGCUCUGUGCCGAGCCUUCCGCGUCACCGACGAGCGCUUCGUGCAGAAGGCAGCCAGGGAGAGUCUGCGCUGUGGAACCACCGGGGUGGUGACUUUCAUCCGAGGGAACAUGCUGCAUGUGGCUUGGCUGGGGGACUCCCAGGUCAUGCUUGUGAGGAGAGGCCAAGCUGUGGAACUGAUGAAACCCCACAAACCAGAUCGAGAGGAUGAGAAGAAGCGAAUCGAGGCCCUGGGUGGCUGCGUGGUCUGGUUUGGAGCCUGGAGGGUGAAUGGGAGCCUCUCUGUCUCCAGAGCUAUUGGAGAUGCUGAGCACAAGCCAUACAUCUGUGGGGACGCAGACUCUGCCUCCACGGUGCUGGAUGGCUCUGAAGACUACCUCAUUCUGGCCUGUGAUGGCUUCUAUGACACAGUCAACCCCGAUGAGGCAGUCAAAGUGGUGGCUGACCAUCUGAAGGAGAAUAACGGUGACAGCAGCAUGGUAGCACACAAAUUGGUGGCAUCUGCUCGGGAUGCCGGCUCCAGCGACAACAUCACCGUCAUUGUGGUGUUUCUCAGGGACAUGAACGCGGCGGUCGCGGUCAGCGAGGAGUCGGACUGGACAGAGAACUCUUUCCAAGGUGGCCAAGAAGACAAUGGGGAAGACAAGGAGAACCAUGGAGACUGCAAACGGCCGUGGCCCCAGCACCAGUGCUCAGCACCUGCAGAUUUAGGCUAUGAAGGACGAGUGGACUCCUUCACCGACAGAACUAGCUUAAGCAUAGGCUCCAGCGUUAACCCCUUGGAUGAUCAAGGCUAUUUAGACCUGACAAAAACAGAAACUAGUACACCUCAGAGUGCCAAAUGUCUGCCACCAGUCCAAGUGUUUAGUCCUGGCAUACCAAAGAGUGCAGGUGCCAUCAGCAGCUCCCCGGUGAAGAGCGAGGCCCCGGAGCCCGGCGCGCCCUGGGGCUGCGGGGGGAACCAUCGCAGGGAGGACGCCCCUCCGAGCCCGGGGGCUGCAGGGCAGGGCAUCUACAGGGUCAGGGGCUCAGCCCCCAUCUCCCUCGGGCUGGAAGAUGAACUGUUCAGAUCCUUGGGAAAACGAGCAGCGUUCCCUCAUUUGCGGCUCUGCAACGGGAAGAGGCGGCGAGGAGCCAGGCUCAAACCAAAGUUUCACACGCCGCUCUGGGCUCAGGAGCCUUCCCAAGGAGAAGGAUCCGGCCUGCCCUUCCCUGCCCGGGGCCGCAGGAGCAGGAGGGCGCUGGCCCGACCCUCCCCGUGGCGGUGGCUGCCCAGCCACGGCUCUUACAGCGAGUGUUCGAUGCGAAGACAAAGUCAUUGUAUACCAGACCCACACCUCCAUCAAUGCUGUAAAAUGUAACCACCCCCUCGUGUUCCCCUGUCAGACUCCCAAAGUAGACAUUCCCAAAAUAAAACUGGCAUCAUCAGAAAGCGAGAAAAAAAAAAUUAAAAAAAAAAAAAAAAAAAAAAAAAGAGGUGGGCAUUUCCGAACUGUACUCCAGUCCCCUGCCAAGCUGAACCCCUGUGUAAAUAGAACUAGGAAUUAAGCAAUGUAGUUGUUUGGAUCUCUGACGAAGUUCGGUGGUGGUGCCACCCCCAGCAACGCCGCAGCGCCCACCCGCACACACACACGAGUGUCCAGCCACAUCAGCACGGAGCCCAGCGCUGCCCGCGGGCAGCCCGCGCCGGGGCACGCUCCUCAAACACGCAGAAGGUUGCACCUGCCUGAGAAAUGUCUGUGGAGCAAUACUCAAGGAACGAUCUGGGUUAGAACUGCCAAAUUUUUUUUUUUAGAGCGGGGGGAAGUUUCCGUAGAGUCGAGGUGUGGGGGUUUUUUUGGGUUUUUGUUUUUCUUUUCGUGUUCUGCUUUCUGUUUAUUCCAGGUGAGCGUUAAGAUGAAUUAGAAAAUUACAUCCAUUUUUGCAGGUAGACGACUAAAAGCCAUACAGGGUUUACCAGGUACCUUAGGAAUGGACACACUAAGCUCCUGCUGCUCUGGUCUCAGACUCCCAUCGAGGUACAGAUUCAUCAUUUACCUUUAUUUUUUUUCCAUGUAAUAUAAAAUGCGGAGUAUGAAGAAAAAACUUUUCUUGCAGUUUAAAAAAAAAAAUAUUUCCUGUGGCUGGAAGUGCAGUGUAGGGAAUUUUGUAUCUUUCUGGUGCUUUUAGUGGCAUUUUUCUCAUUUCUCAGUUUAGGAAAUUGUUCUCAAUGAGUUGAACAUGACUGUGCUUAAUGCUUUGAGCCAACCUCUUCCCACCUUAACUUCAUCUCAGGUCUUAAAAGAACCCAACCCGUGGAGGUGUCCAGUCCCACCCUCUGUCCCCGCGGAGAUCAGGAGCUGUUGGAUGAGCUGUGUGGUUCUGGUGAGGACUCCCAGGUGGCAAAGGCAGCAUUUCACAGCCAGUGGCAGCAGGAAGGACGCACCCGGCUGUGUGUUCAGGGUGCGGAGGGAUGGGUGAUGCCGGAGCAGCCCAGAGGGGAUGGAGAUGCCGAGGAUGCAGCAGAGCAGGGCUGGGGCUCCAGCAGACAGGAGGAACUCAGUGCCCGGCUGGGCUCUGCUCCGGGUCCAGGAGGGCCAGGGAGGAACCCAGCUGCCCUUCUUUGCUUGAGCAGCGGCCACCAGCCCCUCCCCGCUCCCGAGGGGAGGUCACACCCGCAGGGGAGCCGCUAAUUGGGACCUAAAGAAGCGGCCGAUUCCCAUCAGCUCCGCUAAGUCCAGAGCCCGCUCCUACCCUCUGCUACAGCGAUGCUCUGGGAGGAGUAUGAACAAAAUAGGUCUUCAUAGGCACUUAGUGAACAAUUCAUAUCAUUUUAGCAGUAACAAUAGCAGUAUUAGUGUUUAGCUAGAAUUUGCAAGUAUUUUAAUAUUAAGUAAUCAAGAAAAUUAUUCAACAUGACAAGAUGGCGAGGCUUGAAUUCUGCCAAUUUCUGCUGCUUCUCUCUUUGAUGCACUAUUUUAAAAGCAAUCUGAUGAACAGCAAAAGGCUUUGUGAGCAACCAGGAGUUGGAGUGUGGCUUUAGAUUCCUUUGAUCUUUUUCAGACUUUGUUUUAAUCUUACGGGAUCAUUGGCUCUUAUCUGCCAUCUUAUUCUGCCUUAGCUGUUGUCAACGUUCUCUUUAGCUGCAGCUUCUGUUCCAAGUCAGAUUUACCGAGGAAAUUUGAGAAACCAUGAAAUGGUAAAAUAUGCAACUCUGGGGCAUCUCUGCGGUGCCUUUGUUUUAAAUUAUUCACAGUAAUAAUGACUCACUGAAAGUCCAUCUUUAGCUGACUGUCAUGUUCUGGAGAGAAAGGUGGUGUAAGUGCAAUUCUUGAUGUGAGUAAAUUAGAAUGCAAACCUGUCACGGAUGAUAAAACUUCUUCCCAGUCUGCAGGAGCAGUUGAAGAGCACUGGACUGCAUGUGUGCUGUUUUGGGAAGGAUCUAGCUUUUUUAGGUGUGGAUUCAUAAAUGGUAAUUCUGCGACUCAUCCCAUUUAUCUUGCUAGGAGAAAAAAAAAAAUCCACCAUCGUAGUUGCAGUGUGGUCAGGUAAAACCAUUGUAUAGAUAGAGCAAGUGUUCAUUUCUUCACUAACUGCAUAUUUAUAGAGUAGAUAGGAACCAUUUGUAAGGUAAGUCCUUUAAAGUUCUAUAAUAUUAAAAGUAGUGGUUAUUGGUCUGAUUAUGCUGCUCUUGAUUCUACACACUAGACAAAAAAGCAGUGCUUGUGAAAUGCAGUGUUUUCUCUUAAUGCCACUGGUGAUAGGAAGUAGUUCCUUCAGUUCAAACUCCUGUGCCCUUAUCUGCUGCUUGCUGACGUAAGCAAUAAUCCCUCUCUAACGGUAUCUAAGUGUUCUGUAUCUCGUACCUUGAUCGUCUAUCUGGUGACAGUGUAAAAUAUUAGGCUAAUAGAGAAGUAUCUCAUUGUAUUUAUUAACUGUUGAUACUGAGAUUUAGUCUGUGACCUGUGUUUUGUAUUUUUAUCGUGUAUCUUAGUGGUGGUGAAAAUUUGUACAACGAAUCUUUCCAAUAAAGAGCUGAAGUAUCCCUCAUCCGCGUUCACACGACCCCGCAUCCCUCUCGGUCGACGCGGUGACCGUGGUUGCAGAACCAGGAGGUAGCAGUGACAACAUGACUUUAGUUUUGUUCUGUUUCACUUGUGGUGGUUUUGAGGAAGGGGCUCGGGGCUGGUUUGCCUGGAGCUGCUCAAAACUGGCUCGUGAGCUCUUCACUGUGAGCGCCGCGGGGCUGUUCCAACGCUGAGCAACGUGUGCGGUGCAGAGAGCAGGACAGCACCAGGGCAGGGAGCUCUUCACCCAUUCCAUUUGCACUAGAGGUGGGUGGAAACGCACGUGUGGAACUUUUCUUUACCUAGAAGUGCCAUCCAUUGUCCUUGGAACGAGAACGGUUCGUAGCCGAGCUGCGGCGCCGCGGCGCUGGAGGACAAUGUCCAAGCAGACUUUAACUUACACCACGUUUCUGGUGGUGCAGCAUCCUAGAAACUCCGCCUGUUUUUGGAGCACUGUGUGUCAGUUGUCCCAUGGGCAGAUGAGGCACGAGGAGUUGUGUGCACAGACAUGGCUGCUGUAGUUCAGGUCCACUCUCUCCUCACCAAAUCCUCCCGACCCCAAGAUUCUGCGGGAAUAAAGCAAAAUGAGAAAGAUUGGUCUAAAUUAGGGGCUGUUUUAGCACAAUUUCUUCACUCGGCACUCAGUCACAUAAACAAAGCCAUCCAAGGGGAUACUGCAGCUUUGUUCAUGUCUGUAAUUUAGGGCAAUCUUUCUUUAAUUCACAUCCUCUUUGCGACAGGAACAAAACUUUCUACCCUUGUAUCAUGUGCAAUAAUAAGGAAGCAUUAACAGGACCUCGGAGCCCGAUGUCCGUGCCCCUCUCCAGCCCUGGCACAGCCCUUGCCAGCAUUAAAAACAAACAAGCCCCACCUGUCAGGGUCUCGUGGAACCCUUGUCGUGUCCGGUCUUUCCUCUCCUUCCCUCUGAAGACACCUCGGGAUGAGAGCGGGGAGGUGGCUGAGCUCCCCCCGAGUGCUGCUGCUCGUGGCCAGCCAGGCACGGGCUCAGCUCCUGGGUGCUCCUGCUGACCUUUCUGUAGUACCUUGUUCAUGAAACAUGUUCUUUAUGAAGUGAAUAAAUUCAAGCUAAAUCAUGUACCGGUGUUGGGACUUUUCCAUUUGCAAUCUUGUUCUACAGUUCACCCGCCAGUUUAGUUCUAACCAUGUAUUAGUCAUCCAUAUUUUAUUUAUGAAAGCUGUUUCUACAGGAAAAACUGUUGAAGUUUUACCAAUAUCUUAAUAAAACAGUAAUUUAAACCACA